AUGAUUCGAACGGUGUUAUUGUUCGUUGCCUUCUUCGUCGGAACAAACGUACAAUCGCAGCAACUACCUCCGGCGAGGCGUGAUGGAUUCGUGUAUCCACCCGGUCGGAAGAUCGACCCGGAAACGAUACUUAUCGAAGCGUAUUUUGACCCGGUUUGCCCCGAUUGUAGAGACGCCUGGGAACCGCUAAAGCUAGCGAUUGAUCACUAUGGAUCUCGCGUUGCCCUUUCUCUUCACCUCAUUCCUUUACCCUACCAUGACAAUGCCUUUGUAGCCUCUCGGGCUUUACACAUCGUGGAUGCCUUAAACGCCAAUGUUACGUUCAAUUUACUGGAAGGGAUCUUCAAGCAUCAGGCAUUGUUCUACAACUCGCAAACACAACUCAUCUCAAGACCUGCAGUUGUGGACAAACUAGUCAAGCUCGGAACAGUUACACUGGGAAGCUCCUAUCAUUCUCUUCUUAAAUCUGGCUUCAGCAACUCACAAUCUGAUCUUGCCACUAGGGUUUCUUUCAAGUAUAGCGUUUCAAGAGGAGUUUCCGCAACACCGACCUUCUAUGUGAAUGGGUUCGAGCUGCCCGGUGCUGGUUCUCCCAUGGAUUUUGAAGGAUGGAGAAACACCAUUGAUCCUCUCGUUAAACCACAAGGAGGAAAGAUACGAGACACCUUCUUUUCAUUCCUCACACAGCCAUCUUAUAAGUAG